AUGGCUCGUUCAAGAGGUUCCGCUAGACCAGUUUCCAGACCACAAACACGUUCUGCAUCCACUGUUGCAGCUCCAGCACAUGCUCCAGCACAUGCUCCAGCCCCACAAGCUAAUGCUUACUCACAUCCACAAGCUGCUGCUCAACCAAAACAACCAGGUAUGUUCGCCCAAAUGGCUUCUACUGCUGCCGGUGUUGCUGUCGGUUCCGCUGUCGGUCACACUAUCGGUGCUGGUCUCACUGGUUUGUUCUCUGGCUCUUCUUCUGCUCCUGCUGAACAACAACAACAACAGCAAGUUGCUGCUCCUGCUCAAGCAGAUGCGUUCCAAAACCAACAAGCCACCCACUGUGACGUGGACGCUAGAAACUUCACUCGUUGUUUAGAAGACAAUGGUGGUAACAUGCAAAUCUGUGACUACUACUUGCAACAAUUGAAGGCAUGUCAAGAAGCUGCUCGUCAAUACUAA